AUGGAUAACCGACAGCGUGAGCAGGGCGAACAGGGGCGCCCGCUGGCGUCAUCAACGGUUUCGACAACCACCACCCAAGGCCCGUACACGACAACGACUACAAGCUCUACUACAGCUGGACACGGCACAUCCGUCACUCACCAUGGACCGCAAUCAACAACUAUCACAUCGCCUACCAUCACCACAACGACACGCACGCCGGCCCCUCAGCCUUCCGCAACCCCGCUGAGCCCCCAAAGACUGCGCAGCUCCUCUAUCAGGAUACGGAGACCAGCAGUCCCGCAGACCGCGCACACUCCGCAGCCGACACACUCCGAGCAGCCAUCUGCUGAUGAUGCUUGGCAAGGCAAUCGAAGACGGAGCAGCUCUGAGCCGCGACCCCCACCUUCCACACUCUUUCAAGAAGACGAUGGAUUGCGACGACAGCUCACGGCCCAGCCCACCCCGCUACAGCCUCUCUACGAAGAAAAAGAAGGCUCGCGGCCAGGGCACCUUGUCCCUGGAACGGGCCCUCCGCCAUCUCGAGGGCCCAGCGCAAAAAGACAAGGACUGAACAGGCAAAUCUCAGCUAUAAACAUCCGGCGCAAGGAUCACCACCAGCACCAGCACACCAUGCAAGCCAAUGUAGUAGAUGUGCUCGAUGUUAUAGAUCCUGAGAUUUCCGCACUCACAACUCUGAAUAAUGUUCAGAAUUCGCUCUUCCUUCCCAAUCUCCCAUGGCUCUACAACCGCCAGCCUACCUACGAUCUCGCGCAGUCCGCUUCCGAAUCAUCAUCGGACGAAGAGACAGGCACAGGUUCAGAAGCAAGACGCGGGGAGCAGUUGUCAGAGAUGACACAGCAAGGCGAGGUAGAACGAGCGGCUCGUGGAGAACUCAGCAGGACCAACACAAUCGAUUCUGUUCUGUCGACCAUGGACGAGGGACCAGGCCACCACUACGCUGUCCUACCACACGGUGCCUCACUAACAGGCUGGUCCGAUGAAGAAAAGGCUGCCCUGGACGACCAUGUGCGCCAUCUUCUCCACUCUCGACGCGCAAAGUUCAAGCGAAGCAUGCGCGGUUUCGGACGUUACGUGCGCAACCCUCUCGGUUUCAUUGUCACUCUCUACUUCUUCCUCAUCACAUUUUGGGGAGCGGCAUGGGUUCUGUUCCUCAUUGGCUGGAUCUAUGUCGGCAACCGGCAAGACUAUUUUGUCGAGAUUGCUGAUCAGAUUUUAACUGCCCUGUUCUGCGUCGUUGGCAUUACCAUGUUCCCUUUCCGCCUCGUUGACACCUAUCACAUGGCCUUCGUUGCUUUCUAUGCGCAUCGCACGUGGCGUCUGCGGAAAGAACGAGGAUUGGGUGAUUUGAAAGACCAUAACGAACUACCAAACAUGCCUCGCUCGUCUGCGUGGGAAUCAGGUGAAGCGGAGGAUCAAGGUCUGGAGGUGCCGGUCCUAACCGCCCGAGAGCAGACAAAACUCGAACAUCAUCAGGCUAAACUUGCGAAAUCCCAUACCUUCUACAGGCCUCACGAGACCUAUACGCAUCACGCAUUCUCCAUUAGACUCCUCAUCACCAUCAUUGUCCUUCUCGACUGCCACUCUCUAUUUCAAUGUGCUCUUGGUGGCACUACUUGGGGUAUCUACUACAAAGUCCGGCCUAAAGCCCUGACAGCUGUAAUCCUCAGCUUUAGUCUUACUUGUAACAUCACUGCUGGUAUUCUUAUCGGUAGGGGCGAUAGGCGGAGCCGCAAGAAGCUUGUUGUUGAGCAGCUGCUGCGACAAGAGAUGACGGAGGAGGCAUUGAAGAAGCUCAAAAAGGAGCGAGGACUUCGAGCGAAAGGAUUGAUGACAAAGACACAAAAGAAACAAAUUCGGAAGCAGAUGGGUGAAGAGCCUAAAAACCCCUUGGAUACUAUUUUGCAUCGCGGGUAA